AUGAGGGUAUAUGACGUCGGAAAAAUAAGCCCAAAGGGCUGCAUUCAAAUUGAAACAACUUAUGUAUGCAAAGCAGAGCAGGCGCACCUAGAAAACUAUUGAAAGCUCAUAAUUCCAGCUUCUUGUUUUCCAUUCAUGGCUGAAAAAUUGCAUCUCGAAACUGCUAUAAACCUAAAAUUCAGUGAUAUCAACAAUUCUGAUCAUUAUUUUCAACAUUAUGGGAAUUCAAUAACUCUUGGCUGAGUCUAUAGUUUUGCAACCUAUAAAAAUAUUGACCCAAAAAAGGACAUUGAACUUAUUUAUUAUAAACCAGCUCCUCAAGAGCCAUUUAUUAUUGUCCAAAAAGAUCCAAGAGUUGAUAGAUAUAGUUUUCAUUUAUCAUAUAAACCAGAUAAUACCCUUUAUGACUUAAGAGGAGCAGACCAAGCUGGAGAAUUUAUUAUAUUACUUGAUAGAAGUGGGUCAAUGUAUGAAAAAAUUAAUAUAGCUAUUCAGGCAGUUGCGCUAUUUAUUCGUUCUCUUCCUGAAAAUUGCUAUUUUAAUGUAAUAAGCUUUGGGAGUAGAUGGGAAAAAAUGUUCGAAUGCAGCCAAAAAUAUAAUCAAUCCUCAGCUGAUGAAGCAUAUAGAAUAGUUAUUCAGUAUAAAAACAAUAUGGGAGGGACUGAUCUUUUAAAGCCUUUAGAAAGUAUACUGGAGCAAGAGAGAAUUCGAGGGUGCCCUUUAAAUGUUUUUAUAGUAACUGAUGCAAAUGUGUGGGAUGAUAAAGUAAAAAUAGUGAAUUUGAUAGAAAAACAUAAAAAUAAUGCGAGGAUUAACACUAUUGGGAUUUGCACAAAUGAGCCUUAUAUUCAUUGACUAGCUAGAAUGGGUGGAGGAACUUCUCAGGAAAUUAAUACUCUAUAUCAAAUAAAUCCUGCUGUUUUAAGCUCUCUUAAGCAAGCCUUAUAUCCAGCCAUUACAGAUAUUCGAUUAUCAGAUCCUUCUCUUUUUGAUUUUUUUUGGCCAUAUAUUUAAAUGGCGUGGUAAUCCAACUUACCCUCUUUACUCCUGCAAUCGAUUCUAUGGAUAAUAAGGCUUGGCGCUCGGAAUGUGUAUCGAUCAGGUUUUAUCUGUCUUGCUGGAACGAAAUGCUGGGAGUCAGCCGCAUGCUUACUCCAAUUCAGAGUUUUUGCCUCAGAGAGAGCUGGAAAGGAUAUCUCAGCCAUGUCAGAAUUAUUUUUUUAGAGCAAUCGGGACAAUUUCGCAGCGUGAGACCUGGGCUUAGGACUCAAUUUUGACUGAGAGUUGACCAGAAAAAUAAACCAUUUUAAGUUUUUAAUGGGCAGGCAGCCUUUUUGACAUGUGGUAUGGUGGUACAACUCAUCAAGCUGGCAGAUAGCGAGAGCAGGCCUCGUCAAGCAGAAACAAUCUUCGAGAUGUAGGGGACGCGAACUGGCAAGCAGGCGAAGGGAACCUUAAGGGUAGAGCAGUCCUUUGAGAAUUACAGUGGCUUUUCAAUAAUUUUAAUAAAAUAAGAUACUUUUUUUCUGGCCAAGAGAACCAUUUAGUAUUUUUCCAGGCCAAAAAAUUGAAAUUUCAGGCAUAUUUAAAGAAGGAAUAAUCCCUAAAAGCAUAUAA